AUGGCUACCUUAAGCGACCUGCCAACCGAGCUAAUCGACAAGAUAAUUUAUUUCACUACACUCCGUAUUAUAACUAGCCAACAAUUAGAAGCGAUCGAAAAAACAUUCAAGCACUCUCGUGAUGGGUAUGACCACCAUAGGGUUGACCACAACAGGAUCAUCAGUCUACAGGACCAACACAUCGCAAGCUGCCAUGAAUGGUUUCAACACCAUGAACGAACAUACGCAUCUCAAGUAUCGUGGCCAGUGGCAGACGGUCUCCCCGGGAAUCCCCUAUUACCAUUAUCCAUGGUCAACCGCACCUUUCGACGAUUGGCUCAGGCGAGGCUCUUCAGAGAUGUGACCUUGAAAUCCCCUCGGCAGAUGCCCUCGUUCUUUCAGGCGCUGGCUGGGCCAUUCCCCGGUGAUAACUCAAUGGAUGACCACGAUGCACAUAGCACUCAGGAGGACCAGAUGAGUGACGUCCAGCGGUCUGGGGAUACUCCUUGUCUGAACCAAGUGUCGCGAUAUGUUCGCUCGAUACAGUUCUGGUGGAGCGGCAUCUUUGAGAACACACAGGGCAACGGAUUUCUGGCCCACGAUAUCAUCCGGUCCUGUCCCCUUAUCGAAUACAUCCACAUUGAUCAUUCGUUCUUCAGUGAAUGUGAACAGUCAAUCAUCGAAGCCUUAGCGAGUCGGCAGCUGAUCCAAAAAUUUACGACUAUGGGACAUUGGUCGAACCGUCCCGAGGUGGGUUUCUGCUGGCGAAUCGACGAGGCCGUCGAUCUACUCUCGAAGUGGGAAUUUCUUCACACGAUCGACUUGAGAAUUAUAGGCCGGCAAAUCGAGACGCAGGAGUCAACGAUUCCCCCAACAAUCCCGGUCUUGAAUCAUGCCCUACGGUCGGUUAUCUUGACAAAGCCUGACUUAAGCGGGAUCGAACUCUCGACACUUCUACAGGGCUCUCUGAAGAGCUUGUUAACGCUCCAGAUCUUAUAUCCGACGUCGAGGCUUGACCGGCCCGGUUUAUGUCGAAUUCUAAGAGAAUACACCAACCCUGACUUGGAAAUCUUGAUGAUCGAUGUGGAUAUUGAGUGGCACCCGAUCCAAACAAACUGCGAAACUUCCGAUGACCCUGCUAAAAAUCGCGCCCUACUAGACAUUGUUAUCAAGUCCACCUACGCCUUCAGAAAGUUGAAAACCUUGCUUGUUGCUGGUUAUCUAGUCGGCCCCCGGUUCCUGACCCUCCUCCCUCAAUCCCUCAUAAAGCUUGCUGUUGCGAAAUCUGAACUGCCAUCUGCUGCGUUUUUUGAGGCCUUCUCAAGUGAUCGCCAGCCUGACCCCCCUGGUGACUUGGAUACCCUUUUGCCAUGGCUGCCCAAUUUGAAAUGUUUAUCAGUUCGGGAUGAAUGUAGGGCACACAGAUGUCAGUUUUUAUUUUCUGUCCUUUUCAAAUUGGAUUCAGAGGACAUCAUGAGGGCCCAUUGA